UUCCACGACCUGAAAAACACGAAACGAAAAAAGUUGUUCUUAUUGAGAUCAACGCGAAUCGAUCAGUAAAUCGAAGAUGCAGAUCUUUGUUAAAACUUUGACCGGAAAAACCAUUACUUUAGAGGUUGAACCGAGCGAUACUAUCGAGAAUGUGAAAGCCAAAAUUCAAGACAAAGAAGGUAUCCCACCAGACCAACAACGUCUUAUCUUUGCAGGUAAACAACUUGAAGAUGGUCGAACUCUCAGCGACUACAACAUUCAAAAAGAAUCAACCCUUCACCUUGUGCUUCGACUCCGUGGUGGUAUGCAGAUCUUUGUCAAAACUUUAACUGGAAAAACCAUCACUUUGGAGGUUGAACCGAGCGAUACUAUCGAGAAUGUGAAAGCCAAAAUUCAAGACAAAGAAGGUAUCCCACCAGACCAACAACGUCUUAUCUUUGCAGGUAAACAACUUGAAGAUGGUCGAACUCUCAGCGACUACAACAUUCAAAAAGAAUCAACCCUUCACCUUGUGCUUCGACUCCGUGGUGGUAUGCAGAUCUUUGUCAAAACUUUAACUGGAAAAACCAUCACUUUGGAGGUUGAACCGAGCGAUACUAUCGAGAAUGUGAAAGCCAAAAUUCAAGACAAAGAAGGUAUCCCACCAGACCAACAACGUCUUAUCUUUGCUGGGAAACAACUUGAAGAUGGUCGAACUCUCAGCGACUACAACAUUCAAAAGGAAUCGACUCUUCAUCUUGUGCUUCGACUCCGCGGUGGUAUGCAGAUCUUUGUCAAAACUUUGACUGGAAAGACCAUCACUUUAGAGGUUGAACCGAGUGAUACUAUCGAGAAUGUGAAAGCCAAAAUUCAAGACAAAGAAGGUAUCCCACCAGACCAACAACGUCUUAUCUUUGCAGGAAAACAACUUGAAGAUGGUCGAACUCUCAGCGACUACAACAUUCAAAAAGAAUCAACCCUUCACCUUGUGCUUCGACUCCGCGGUGGUAUGCAGAUCUUUGUCAAAACUUUAACUGGAAAAACCAUCACUUUGGAGGUUGAACCGAGCGAUACUAUCGAGAAUGUGAAAGCCAAAAUUCAAGACAAAGAAGGUAUCCCACCAGACCAACAACGUCUUAUCUUUGCUGGGAAACAACUUGAAGAUGGUCGAACUCUCAGCGACUACAACAUUCAAAAAGAAUCAACCCUUCACCUUGUGCUUCGACUCCGCGGUGGUAUGCAGAUCUUUGUCAAAACUUUAACUGGAAAAACCAUCACUUUGGAGGUUGAACCGAGCGAUACUAUCGAGAAUGUGAAAGCCAAAAUUCAAGACAAAGAAGGUAUCCCACCAGACCAACAACGUCUUAUCUUUGCUGGGAAACAACUUGAAGAUGGUCGAACUCUCAGCGACUACAACAUUCAAAAGGAAUCAACCCUUCAUCUUGUGCUUCGACUCCGUGGUGGAUUAUAGACUUCAUAAAUAUAGAAUUUUACCUUUUUUCUUUCUAAAUAAACUGCGUCCAAAUAAA